GGGCGUCGAAGGAAACUUGCCUUGUUAGCACUAAUGGGUCGUAAAUUUUGGAUAGCUGCAAUUCUGGUUCCUCUUUUUUUUUACUUUAUUUUGAAAUACCAAGAUGCUGAUUUUAUAUUGAUGAUGUACGAGAAGAUCGGCCAAGAUCCUGCAACUGCAUUGCGAGGAAAAGUUGUGUGGAUAACUGGUGCUUCCAGCGGGAUUGGAGAAUACUUUGCAUAUGAACUGGCUAAAUACGGCUGUAAACUAGUGCUGUCUGCACGGAGGAAGGCAGAGUUAGAGAGAGUCAAGAAAAACUGUGCAGGUAAGAGAGAAAUUGUGGUGAAAUUGGCAUGAACGAAUUUAACCAAGAACAAGAAUACUCUGUUAAAUGAUGCAUGUUAGCGGAGAUCUUUUCUCCUGCUGUAAAUCUUUACCAAAAAUGUCAUAUGAUUAGUCUUGUUAUCAAAAGAUAUAAGUAUUUAAAAAAAAAAUUCUCGCAGUUAUGUUUGCUUGUUAAUUUGGAAAGAUUUACGCGCAACCUUAGUGUUAUUCUACCACAAAGCCUUAGUCCCAAAGGCAAUCUUCUGCAUCGUCAUUGUUUUCUUUUAUCGAAGCACUGUAUGCAUAAUGAAGUGUGGGGUUAUACGGAGAUCUUUCCAGAAAUUUAUACAUGGUUGUAAGAGAUCGUAGUUAGGUGAUUAAUUCUACCAAUAUCCGUUAUAAAUAUGCUUUAAAAUCUCCUACAAAGCUCAAAAAAAGUAACGUACUUAUUUCAUUUUUGUAUCGCACCUAGCUUGCGUCACUGCAGGUUUUGCGAUGUCACGCCAGCUGUCACGGCAACUUCCCCGAAAGUAAUCUUCCUACAUUCCUGAUGAAUUUUAUUUUGUUACUGAUAAAGAAAAGAUAUUUAGUUUCCCUGCAUAUUCAUUCUGUCUUGUUCCACUUUUAUCCAUUGCAAAUUUGUGGAAAAGAUUUCUGGAUGUAAUUCAUGUUUUUAUUUGUUUGUGCUUUUCUCUUAAUUCCGUCCAAGUUUUUUCCGUCAUAUUAAAGACGAAAGGUUUUGUAUUUUUUUAUUUUAUUUUAAGGUUACUACAAUGAUGAAAUCCUAGCCUAGGAAAGUCAAUUUAUAAUUAAAUCUUAAGUUUAAAUUUUUAUUUUCUUCCCAGCAAUUGCAGCUGGUAUCGAUGGUUCAUUUAACAAAGAUCAAGAUAUUCUUGUACUUCCACUGGAUUUGAUGAAAUAUGACUCACAUGGCAACCUGACUCAAGAUGUCCUUAAGCAUUUUGGAAAGGUACUGAUAGCAGUCAAACCUGUAUCACCUGCUUUUAAGGAAGCUGUGAUACCCUGUAUUAGGCAGUCACUCUGCCAUUCCCCUUGUGUGACGGCUUAUUACAGGUUCAACUGUAAUACUUAGUUUACAGACUUUAUCUCAAUGGCAGAAAAGGUGGAAAGUGGACUGUAGCUCACUUAUAUGAAAGUUUUAGAGGAAAGCUUCCACCUAACAAUUCAUGUACAUAACAUCCCCUGCAGUACAAAAAAGGUAGCUUGGCAAAAUAAUUAGUGUGGAUAGAAUAUUCACUAGGAAAUGCUACCACAUUCUGGACAAACAAGUACCUUUCCCAUUACAGAAUUCCUGCCUAUCAUGUCACUUCAUUGUCACUUUGUAGAUUGAUAUUUUGGUGAACAAUGGAGCUCGUGGCCAGAGAUCUUGGAUGAGAAGCACUCCUUUAGAGGUGGACAGAGCUAUAUUUGAUUUAAAUGUGAUUGGUACCAUCUCUAUGACCAAAGCAGUUCUUCCACACAUGAUUGAACGCAAAGAAGGACAAAUUGUGGUGGUUAGCAGUCUUGCCGGAAAGACAGGUUGGUAAAUUGUCAUAAACAUGCUAAGAAAAUACAGAUGUUAGGUGAUAGAUUAAAAUCAGAAAGUUAUUAAUGGGUGAGAAGUGGGGUGCUGGAAAAUUGAUGGGAAUUAAACAAACGGUGGUUAGAGGUCUUAGAGGCAGUGGCAGACUGCUGCUAACCCUUAAACUCCCAAGAUCUGAUUUUUAAUUCUCCCUUCCAGCUGCUACACAUUUCCUUGCAAAUGAAUUGUGAGAAUUUGGUGUUAGAUCAAGACUACCAAUUUCUACUUGAUAAGUUUGGGUAUUCUCAUUACAUGUUUGCUGAAUAAUGUUUGGAUGUUAUAGGGAGAUGUUACAUGUUAAUCACUUCUGGGAGUUAGAGGGUUAGGUAGUUUUUUUUUUUCCUUUUAAAACCAGUGGUUAUUGCGUCUUAACCCAUUAACUCCUAAGAUCUGAUUGUUAAUUCUCCCCUCUAGCUGCUACUAAUAUCCUUGUAAAUAAGUUACGAGAAUUUGGUGUUAGAUGAAGAUAACAACUUCUACCUGAUACAUUUUAGUAUUCUCAUUACCUGUUUGCUGAAUAAUGCAUGGAUAAUGUAGGGAGAAUUUACUUGUUAUGCACUUCUGGGAGUUAAAGGGUUAAGUGAUGUCAAGCAGAUGCCAGUUGAUGGUAGUUUCAACAACUUAAACCUUUACAUCCUAACUUCAGUAUGUGCUAUUCUCCUUACUGUUUUAUACAAUUCCUAUGGAACUGAUAAGGAGAAUUUGUUUAACAAUCAAGAGCUUCGUAAGUUGGUGAUCAUUCUGUUUAUUCUCAUGACCUGGACAUGUAAUUCAGAAAUGAUUCUGUAAGGAGAAACUAGAUGCAAGUCUCUCUCAAGAGUUUAAGGGUUAAAUCAUGUUUCCCUGAUAGUUUACUCAUUUCUACUCUUCUAGUUUUGUUUCUACCUGUUUGUACCGCAACUUUCACUGCCACAAACCUGUAAGAGUCUAAUUAUCUGAGUUAUUUUGCCCCCAAACCUGUCUUACUUUAUAACAGGGCUCCAAGUUCUCUUUUUCAAAAAGUGGCCCUAAGGCGACUUUCAGCUGCAAAAUGGUCUUCAAUUAUAUUAUGCACAUGCUCAGGGUGGGUAUAACUUCCUCAGAGGGUUGAAGGAGGUAUGGUUUGGUUUUAACCCAGCAUGCACUCAUUUUAAGCUAAUACGUGUCUGAUACUUGCAGAACAGGGAAAGAGGAAAAAAGGAAACAUCAAUAAUUUUUUUUUUCAUUUUAUUUUCCUCCUGCUCCUCCUCGGAAUGCCUGAUGAACUGAUCUGAAGAGAUUAUAGUUAAUAUUAGUCCUAUGAAGUCUGCUAAUUUAACUUUUACACAAUGUGUGAUGAUUAGAAAGCCACCACAAUUAUUUAUUUGGAUUUAUUCACAGCAUUACCCCACUCAGCUACUUACUGUUCCACCAAGUUUGCACUGCAAGUAUGUAUCAAAAUUGAACUUAUCUUAGUGGAAUUAAGACUAUGUUAACUAACGUGAGAAACUAGAAGUAGUUUAGUUUAGUAGUUUAGUGAGAGGAAUUUUGAUGAUAAAGGUGGAAUGAAGUUUAAUUUUCAAGUUUAUUUAGAAGGGAUCUGUCUUUAAUGAGUGUUUUCAAUAGUAACCCGCUCAUAAUUUCCUUUCGACUUCCUUUUUUUGUGUGUGACUUUUAAUUUUUUCUAGCUCGUCAUAUUUUAAUACCCGAUCGAUAACCGCCCAUGGUGCAAGGCCGAAGAUAAAAGAAAAAUGAGCAACGCCAUCGAUUAAACGUUGCACCCACUUAGAGCUGUACGGCGCUGAUUCAAUGUAGUAAUCUAAACCUUUUCUUGAAUGUUUAUACUUAAAAAGUGAGACACUGGACCUUGAAACAGUUCUCUAUUACAAUGAAUCUAUCGCUCUAACGAAGGGCUAACGCACGAAACGUCAGCCUUUAAACUCUUUACGAUGAUCAAUAUACGUUUUCAACUCAGUUGUUAACACUACAUUAUCUGUUACAAUUAUUUUAGUCAUUUUGUCAAUUAAGAAAUAUGUAUUUGAAUGAAACUCUUCCUAAAUCGCGUGGAAUUUUAUAGACGCCACGGCAUUUAUUCGAGUCGGUAAAUUUGUUUUAAUGAACUCAAUCAGUUGUUUCUGAACCAAACGUUCAUUGGUCUCUAGUUAGUAAAGCGGAGCACUACAGUGGCGGAGGUGAAAAAAAAAAAAAAGGCGCGGAGGUUUGAGUCGAGUAGCGUUUGUUGCGUAAACCGACCCAAACCUCCCUCGGUUUUUCACACCUUCGCUCACUAGCGCGCCUCGCGUAACCAACUGAACGCCAAGUAAAGGUUAACCUCUUUGAUUUGAACAGGGAUAUUUUGAUGGCGUACGGUUUGAGCUGGCUCGACAUAACAUCCACGUGCAGACGGUUCUUCCAGGGCCGGUAAAGUCACAAAUCAGUGAGAAAGCUUUCACUGGGGAUAUCAAAGUCGUAAGGAAACAACUUUAGCUUAAAGAAAUAUGGUGUUGUAAUUAUGUAAUAUGUGUAAUAAUUUAUUUAUUGUCAAAGACGUGGGAAGUGGUCGCCCAAUCUUCCAAGAAAUGAAGCUCAUGUAUAAAACGCUCGACAACAAACAAGAAAAAUAAAUGAGAAAAUAGGUAAAAAUAAAGCAUAAAUAUAUUUAAUUCGUAGGCAGGAGUAAAAAAAGCACCCUUUAAAAUCAGUUUUACCUAAUAUCCUAAGAAAUUCGGAGAUAGACUUGCUUUGUUUGAUUUAACUAUUUAAGUUGUCCCAGUAAUGAGAGUAAUGAGUUUUUAUUUGUGUCCUAACGAGCGUGGAAGCAUGCUUCCUGAAAACUUUUCCCAACGGAGUAAAACAAGCAUGAAUUACUUUGAAAGAGAGAACAUGUUGAGAUUUUCUUGUGCCAGGUGUGUUCCGUUUAUUCUUCUUUACACUUGUUUAUUGCAUCUUCUGUUUAGGAUUUCGGAAACUCACCAGAGUAUGUCAAGAUAAAGUUUCCACAAAUGUCGACUGAACGCUGUGCAAAACUUAUGGUGGUCGGAAUGGUAAACAACUUGGAUGAAACAUGGAUCUCAGAGAACCCAAUGCUGUUAGGGACUUACAUAAAAGAGUAUUUUCCAAUCCUCUAUAAAUGGUACGUAUUGAUUUUUCUCUAUUUGUUUUUGUAUGUCUUUGAAUUUCCGAAAUGGAAAAUAAAAGGCUGAUGUAUUCACCUUACAUUCAUAUAAUUAUAUAAAAAGGGCGACAUUUUUAGCAUCGGUUUGGGAUCGUAAUCUCGGGAGAUUUGCAGCAGUGAAAUGGCCGGCAGGGAGUGGGACGAAUCAAAUAGCAUAGCCAAAAAGAGAAAAACUUCUAAAGGUUUAAGCCUUUUUUUCCGGAAAGAAAUCUUUUAACCACUGUUCAAGAUGUUUUUUAUUGAAAAAAAACUCCUUCCAUGUGGAAUUAGCUACUUCUCGGCCAAUUUUAGCAGUGUUUUUAACGUUCCUUAAUUUUCCUGACUCCUUCCCAGUCGCCUCUCUAUUCUUAAUAUUAACGCGGAACGCGUGUUUAAGGAGCACGCCAUAGUCCUCUUUGUCGUGUUAGGGACCAGUCGUUAUUUAUCACCUGUGGGAGGGGGGGACGGGGAAUUUGGUGGGAUCACAUUUUUCAGGGGAACCAAGGGGGACGAAUCGUCGCCAUUUCAUUAAAAGAGUAUAGAGGCGGGAACUAUAGAAAAUUGGCUGCCAAUCAACUGCCUAUGAGGGGACUUAUAAGAAUAUUACAGGGCCUUAUGGGGAGAUCAGGUGAUUUUUUAUCGUAAUUUUUUAUCGACAAUUUUAAUCGUUUUUCUUUACUCUCUCCCUUCCCCCCCCCCCUGCCCCGGUCUGCUACACUUUUUCUUGUGAAUCAGUUACGAGAAUUUGGUCUUAGGUCAAGGUAGCAACUUCUACUUGAUAAUUUUGAAUAUUCUCAUUACCUGCUUGCUGGAUGAUGUCUGGAUAUUACAAGGAGUAGUGACAUGGAAGUCACUUCUGGAAGUAAAGUUAUUAGUGUUAAGAAGCAAAAAAGCUUUAACUCCACUUUUUUUUAUGGUCUGUUUUCUCACCAGGAUCUCAAAUGCUUUAAUGGAUAAAGUAAUUACUUCUCUGGAGUUAAAGACAUCACCGUAAGGGAUACAACGACAAGCCCAGCAGAUGUUCCACCCACCCCCUCCCUCUCCCCCUAGAAAAUGUGUCAAGUUUGUACUGAGAUGCGCCCGUCUAAAAAAAUGGAGCGGGGUUCAAAGUUCGAAAAUUCCAAGUCCUUAGUUUUUAGAAUUUUUAUAUUGAAGUAGUAGGCUAAUAAGGGGUAACAGAAGGCACUUCAUAAUUUUUCACAGGUUGUCUGCAUAUUGACUUGAGCUAAUAAAUUACGGGCCUAUUGUAAUACAGACAAUAGAUAUUUGAUCUUGAAUCCACUUAACAAACUGAGAAAAGAUGUUUCCACUGAAACAAGAACUAUAAUUAUAAACUGUAAUUAAGAGUGGUAUGGGAAUAACGCAAAACAGUCAUGUGUAAACCUGUUAGCAAAAUUAAACUAGUUUCGACAACACACUUGUAAGAACUGUUUGAUUUCUGGAGGCGAUGUAACACAUGAACGAUACCUAAAAUACGAACAACAUUCAUGUAUAUAAAGCCAGUUUUUCCUCGAGGAAAUGAAUAAACAAAGAAUUCAGGGACGCCUCCGUCCGAUUUGGGACACUCUACUUCUACACGUUCUUAGAUGCUUUUCUCUCAUUUCGGACGCUUCGGUCCGAUUUUGGAGGUUUCCGUCCGAUUUUGCACAGUUUGGGCCAAUUUAAUUUGUCUGAUUUUGGAAAGGACAGCUUUCUUAAAUAAGAUGUUAGUAAACAAAAGCGAUAUCAACAAUCUGUUUGCUUCUUCAUAUUCCCCAACAAAGCUAAGGAAACAGGGGAGACAUCCAUGCCUUGUACAACAGACUACAGACUUCUCUCAUUUUGCGUUGCCAAAUACAGCUGAGGGUAGACUGAGGACAACACUGAUAACAGCUUCGGUGAAACUCGUGUGACCUUGUAACGAUGGGUCGUAAAUUUUGGAUAGUUGCAAUUCUUGUUCCCAUCCUUUGCUACUUUCUUUUGAAAUACCAAGAUGCUGAUUUUAUAUUGAUGAUGUACGAGAUUAUCGGCCAAGAUCCUGCAACUGCAUUGCGAGGAAAAGUUGUUUGGAUCACUGGUGCUUCGAGUGGGAUCGGUGAAUAUUUAGCUUGUGAACUGGCUAAAUACGGCUGUAAACUAGUUCUUUCUGCACGGAGGAAAACAGAGUUGGAGAGAGUUAAGGAAAACUGUGCAGGUAAGAGAGAAAUUGGCACCAAAUCGAGUUGAACGGAGAUAAUCGAGAACAAGAAAACAAAUACUGUCACCACGUUUUGUGUGACAAUGACAAAGUACUGACAGCGGUCGAUCGCCUUCCUCUUUUUGUGCUAUGUGCACGUGUGUAAGGUCCUAAUACAGAUGUAAUUUAGUCUGUUUUUUUGUCUUAUUCAUGCAUUUCAAAACCUCGUUCAAAGCGCCCAAUGUAGAAGUGUUACAUGUAUUUCCGAUUUCGUGUUUCCAAGUAGUGAAGUUUUCUUCGUAGCAGUUUGGGGGUGUCACGCAAAGCCGCCGCCUCCCCCUUACCCAGCCUUUCUUCCCAACAAAAAGCCUUUUUAGCGGACGCGAGUGCUAUGUUAUGUUAACCUUCCAGAUGAUCGUGAGUUUUAUUUCGUGACUUAUAGUAAAAUGAUACUAAGUUUAUUAGCAUAUCUUAGCUGUUUUGUCAAUUUUAUCUGUAGCUUAACUGUGUAGAAGAUUUUGGUCAAAGGUUUUAAUUCCCGGCUUCAGUUAAGUAUUGCAAAAAUGGGUUGUUAUUUAGGCCAGUCGUUCAAUUAACUCUUUAGUUGAGAGGUUAAGUGAUUUGUCAUUUAUUUUUCAGCAAUUGCCACUGGUCUUAAUUCUUCAUUUGAAAAAGAUCAAGAUAUUCUUGUACUUCCACUAGACUUGCUAAAACAUGACACUCAUGGCAAUUUGACUCAAGAUGUCCUUAAGCAUUUUGGAAAGGUAUGAAAUGGGUUUGCCAUGUAAGUUUGCAGAUUUUAUCAGGUGAAACAGUGGGAGGGAGGCCUGUCGCUCUCAAGUAAUGAAAACUUAGAUAUGCAUGUCCCUCCCCACCAAUGUUUGAUGAUGAAAAUAACACAAACUGACACAGCAUUAAAGUGGCAUGGUAAAAUAAUGAGCAUGGUGAUCCUUUUCCAGAUCAUCUCAUUAGUAUUGCACUCAGCUAAAAUAAAGGUCUGAGGAUUGUUUUGAGCAACUGCCUCCUUAUUCCUUGUCACAAAUUCAUUUGGUUGGUGUAAAGUGAGCCCCUACCACAUGUCUAAUGCCCUGCUGCCCCCCCCCCCCUCCAACAUGUAACAUGUUUGAAUUAACUGACGUCUAAAAUUAGCAAAAAAGGUUAAGCUUUGCCUUAUUCCCAGUCACCUUCCCCUUCCCAACCAUGUUAGUCUCCUCUCUUUCAUUUUCCAGGUUGAUAUUUUGGUUAACAAUGGAGGUCGUUUCCAGAAAUCUUGGAUAAGAAAAACUCCAUUAGAGGUGGACAAGGCUGUUUUUGAUUUAAAUGUUUUUGGUACCAUCUCUUUGACCAAAGCAGUUCUUCCACAUAUGAUUGAAUGGAAACAAGGACAGAUUGUGGAGGUUAGCAGUGUCUUGGGAAAGAUGGGUAAAUUUUAUUGCAAUUAGAGUGGAUAUUUCCCAACAAGUGGAACACAGAGAAAGACAGAUUCUGUCACAUGUAGUUACUUGUAUCUUAGGAAAGAUUGGUAAAUUUUGCCUGCUAAGGCCCCCAAGCAUUCAGAAUAUCCAGUGAGUUUUUCAGGCAAUGAAAUGCACAGAAUGCUGGCAUCUUUGGCAAUCUUGUGAAUAUAAUAUUUGAUGAAUAAAUAAUAACAACAAUUUUUUGUUUGAUUUCACAGGAGUUCCUCAUUCAGUGGUGUAUUGUGCCACAAAACAUGCCUUGCAGGUAUUCACUAGACUUGAAUUUAUUUUGGUGUAAUUUAAACUUUGCUAAUGUGGGAAAAUGCAAUAAGAGAAAUGUUGAUGCUGUGUUUAGACUGUAGGUUGAAGUUCAAGUUUCAAAAAGUUAUGUGAAAUGAACUGUUCCAUAGCUAUAUUUAUUCUGCACAUUUUAAUUGAAAAUCACUACAUCAAAAUUCCCCACACAAGGAAUGCAUGCAAUAUUGUGCUCAGGGCCAGUGAUAUCUGUCCAGCCCUGCUUGUUGCAUGCCAAAAGGAGAGAAGAUGAAAAGAAAGAGUAGCUUUCCUAUGAUAAAAUUCUAAUGGACUGAAUAAGGUUGGGUAGUACAGCAAAAUAAAUGGCUCUUGGUCGUGGUCAAUAUGGACUUCCCUGCACAUGGUCUAUGUGUCAUGACCUCAAACAAAAUAUUUCUUGUUCAGUGCUCUUGCUAUGUCAAUAAGAACAUAUUCAUCAGUAGUGCUCCAAUUGGACUGCUGGUAACCAAUCACUUCUUAGAAAUUUUGCUACAGUUUUGUAUUUUAUAGAACUAGUGUGACCAAACCCUUCUCAUUUAACAGGGUUACUUUGAUGGGGUACGUAUUGAGUUGGCACAGCACAACAUCCAUGUACAGACUGUCCUUCCAGGGCCAGUAGAGUCGCAAGUUGCUAAUAAGGCUUUUACAGAGGAUAUUAACAUUGUAAGGAAACAGAUUAAUUUUGUGUUGGACAUGUAGAGGCUUGCUCUACACAUGGGUGGAUCUAGAAAUUUUUGCUAAGGGUCUAGGCUUUGAUUCAGAAAACACAGAACACAUUUUACUUAUUAAAAUAAGGCAGCAUGGCUGAGUGGUUAGGGUGCUGGACUUGUAAUCUGGUGGUUGUGGGUUUAAGCCCUCCUUCAUGCUACACGAUAUUUGUUCUUGGUCACCCCAAGUUCAACUCUUCAGUGUAAAUAGCCAACUGAUCUGCCUCCUGCCAGUAGGGAUUUUCAAUCACUUAAUGUGUGUUUGAAAUAUUUGUUUGUUUGUUUGGGCAUGUGUGAGCAUGUGUAAAUGGAUGUAUGCACAUUAUAAGUAUUAAAAUUAUUAUUAUUAUUAUUAUUAUUACUCUAAAGUCUGAAUAAUCUUCAUGAUAUUUCACAAAAAAGGAAGUUUUAAUACGUCAGGACUUGAGUAGUAACAGGUGAUCCUAUCUUUACAAAAAUUUUGGUUUUAAACUAAUAGUGAAAAACACAGUAAGAUGAAGGAGUCUGGACUUUCUGGAUCCUCCUCCUGGAUGCACCACAUUGCCAAUGUAUGCAGAUACUGUGGUGUUGUAGUAAUUGUUUGGGGGGGGAGGGGUAGAGGUGUAACUCAUCCCAGACAUUGGUACUGUCUGCUUCCAAUAUGGUGUCAUGAAUAUAAUUUUUUUAACAAAUUGCCGACAAAAUUUUUUCGCAAGUUAGGAUUAUUUGUAGUGGAGUGCAUUGUCAGAUGUAUGAUAUAAAGUGUUUUCUUGCUCUAAAAGUAUUUCCCUUGUUCAAUGUUUGUGCUAUUUAAGGAGUACAAAGACUCACCAGAGUUUAUCAAGAUAGACUUUCCAGUAAUGCCGACUGAACGCUGUGCAAGACUUAUGGCGAUUGGGAUGGCAAACAACUUGGAUGAAAUAUGGAUCUCACAGAACCCAAUGCUGUUAGCGACUUACAUGAGACAGUACUUUCCCAACCUGUUUAAUUGGUAUGUUUUUAUUUCUGUGAAGUUUCGAUAGAGGCUCGAAGAAUGUACGGUUAAUACAGUCGCCUGUGGUCCCUUUAGCACGAACGCGAGCGUGUUCCUUCUGUAGGGAGCAAAGGUAGCAUCAUUUUCGGUCUAGGUUUUUAAAUUUGCCGGCAGCGAGCGGGAAGAUCAAAAUGGGGUAGCGACUUUUUGAGAAAAAACCUCUGAAGGUUUUUCAUUUGUUUCCGCAAAAUUUACCAUAUGAUUCCAUCUGUUUCCGCGCAGAAACAAAGGGGUUAUAUCAAUAAAGGUCCCUGUUUAUCGAGUUAUUUCUUGCAGAAUUUCCAACAGCCCUUUCAUAAAGUUCUAAGCAAAGGAAACGCUGCUCAUUAGAUGAGAAACUUUUUUUCCUGACUCGUGCUCAGUCUUCUGCCUACUUUGACCAUUAACGCGGGAAGCGCGUGAGAGUUACACGCCACCGCCUCAUUCGUCGUGGUAGUGCUAGUCUCCCGCGAACCCUGCGAAUAAGGAUGAAACAUAAAAGACAACUGGUGACGAGUCAGAUGUUUUCCGAUGGCGCGGGCGUGUGUUUGGGUACAAAUAUCACUUGUUUGUUAUUAACACUAGAAAGGGUUGAAGGCUGAAAUGACUUCGCUUAGGGGCUCAUUACUGACUUCACUGUCAGUAUCUGAAAGUAUAUGAAGAAUCCGCUCAACGAAUGGUGAAAUCUUAGAAAGCUGAUUAGGGAGCUACUGUAUACGAUUCCACCUGCUCACUUUUUUUCUUUUUUCUUUUUUUUUUUUUAUAAUUGUUUGUUUUUAUUACCAGGAUCAUAAAAGCCGCAAUGAAUAGAAUGAUGACUUCCUACGAGGCAAAGUUAUCAUCGGAAAGGCACAAGCGACGAGCUCAGGAGACGUGACGGAAAAGAAGAAAAUUGUGCUCCCCUGGAAAAUCUUAGCAGUUUCUACUGCGAGAAAAUUCUGUCAGUAAAAAUUGAAGCGCUGUUCUUAGAAUUGAAAUGCCAGAUACUGGAAGAUUGAAACAUCAGUAUUUGAACAAGUAGGCUAGUAGGGCGUGAUACUAGAUAGAUCUUUUAGAAGUUCUCUUCAGACUUUUUCAUGCUUAUUCACAGUAGCCAGUCGCCUAUUAGACUUCCAAAUACCCGAUUUUUAUCCUAGCGUAUGCAAACGGUUGCCAUAUAUAACUUCGUAAUGGGCCUUGCUCAUAUAGAGUGUCUGUGGCUCAGAGGUAGACCAUCGGAGCGUGGAAUCCGAAGGUCUGACGUUCGAUUCCUCAUAGGGACUCGGAAUUGUUUCUUAGUCCCACGUUCGUGACAAGACGAAAACAUUUUUCUCUAUAUCUUUACCGAGCUCAAAACUAAUAAUCUUUCUUAUUCUAUUUACAAAACAUGACGCUAUCGACAUUGCUGAUCCUGUCUGCAGGAUGGGUGUCAUAUACGAACCUCUUUCUUAUUGUUUUUACACCCAAUUCUUAUGUUCUGGAUGGAUUUUUUAUUUAAGGUUACUUUCAAAACAAUUCAAGACUAGACCUGAAAAAUUGAUAUUACACGAAAAAUAUUUAAUUAAGAAUUGUAUCUGGUGUGAAAAGGUAAACAUGAGCUUUCUCCGGGCUUGUCGCGUAAGUGACGAUUGUGGACAAAAUUAAAUUCCACUCUACAUACAAAGUCGGACUAAAGGACAUUUUUCAAUCAUUUUUUUAUAGUACUACUUUUAAGUACGAAAUAGCCUUUAACCUUUUUUCCUCGGAGAAUAGAGUUGGGUUUAUUGAACAUAUAAUGACCCCUUCCCCACUGACAGGACAGGUGCUUCCUGAUCGUCAGAUUCCUUUGGAGAUGCUUAUGAAACGGGGCCUUUUCUCCUUCGUUGACCCUUGGUGGAAAAGGCUUUAUGUUCAUCGUUCUGUCAAGAUCCUUCGAUCGGUCUUAUUGAGAUUGGGACUAUAUUUUCUGGAUCUAACAAUGGAAUAAAAAAUGUUUUUUCUAGAAGCCGUUUUAUUGUAAACAGUAGAUGAUUGAAAUUUUAGACUGAAUUUGCAAGUGUUAGCAGCUGGAACAUGUAACUUCGAUGUACACCAACAAAGCAGAACUUAAUUCUGUGACGUCACUGAAAACUAUUGAAACGUUAUUAACCCUAUCAGGCCCCCAUAUCAGUCAGACUCCAAAUGUUCUUAAAAAAACAAACAAACAAACAAACAAAAAAUUGAUGCAAAUGGACGAAAUCUUUUGAUUACCACUUUCGCCAUGCCACCUAUUUCUUUAGUUUUUUUAAAAUACCAAGAUGGCGAUUUUACACAAAUAAUUUACGAAAAGAUCGGGAAAGAUCUCAGCGUUAAGCUGAGGGACGAAGUUGUUUGGAUCACUGGCACUUCUAGCGGAAUUAGUGAACAAUGGUGGAAGAUCUAAGAUAUCUUUGGGGAAGAAUACUCCAUUGGAGGUUGACAGAACAAUUUUAGAUAUAAAUCUCAUUGGUACCGGCUCUCUUAGACCAAAGCUGUUCUUCCGCAUAUGAUGGCGCGCCAUAAUGGACAAGUGGAAGGAAAAAAGGAGUCCACGAAACAUCAAAUCAUGAGAGAAAUCGGAUCAAUAUCAGAAUCUGAACAUCUACGUACCCACCCCUAAUCCAACAUUAACCCUUACUUGUUAUCAUUUGAUUUUUGUUGGGUUGGAGUAGGGGUAGGUACUCGGUUGCUGACAUUGAUCCGAGAAGUCUUUGCAUAUUGGGACGGGAUAUCCAAACCGCAGUCUCUGAUUAACGCUUACUAAACCAAAUCAAAGGAAUUGCAGUGGCGACAAUCAAGGCGGAAGAGAUCUAGAACUUAUGAAGGAGCCAGUUUGAACUGAAAUUAAGAAAAAGAAAUUGUCCCCAAAAAUGGAGAAAUGUGAAUGAUCAACAGCUCAUUGAUUUUACUUUAAUUUAUCAUCUCAUUUUUUGAGAGGGUGACACGAGGUUUUUUCACUGAUGAAAAAGCGAAUGAUACAAUCCUAAAUUAAAUACAAUAAUUUGGUUUUAUCAACUGAGUUAACAAUUUAAAUUGGCCACCGAAAAGAGAUUCUAAAGCUGAUGACGUUUCAAACUUGAGCCCCCGGAGUCAGAAUUUGAGGUCCUCUUUCGACAUGUCCAAAAUGGUAUCGAUCCCACAUUUUGCCUCUGAGCCCUGAUUCCAUGACUCUGUUCCACGAUCCUAGGCUUCUGAUCCCUGAUCCCAAAUACCUCCUUACAUAGUCACACUUACAUACCCACUUAAUUGGCUCGUUCCCACGGGGCUUUUCAGAGUCGAUGUUACAUUAAAAUAUUAAAAAGGAACACAGAAAGCUAAACAUAUGACAACGAUGACGCAAAAGGAGACAAAGGUUGAGUAAAAAUUAAAUAAAACACAACCUCGUUCCCAUGGUCUUUUCCUACCCCUAAGUAUGGGAAAGGCCAUGGGAACGAGGUUGGAGAACGCGGUUGAGUAAAACAGUUAUUAAGAAGCUUUCGCCUGAGCAGGAGCCUGAACUCCGUCACGGAUGGGCUAAUGUAUUCACGGAGGAACAACACAACCUUACGACUCAUGAAUAAAUUGGACGAACCGUAAAGGUCGAAAAUUCAGAUUUACGACUCGUGAUAUAUAUAUAUAUAUAUAAGACAACCCCUGUAUGUUGAAAUCGAUUGAAUGUUAGCUGAAAUACGUGACUUAGAUGUGCACCAGACCGUAACCAGACCCCCACAGACCUAGAACGAUCGCAAGGCUGUCGAUCGUACCACGCCACUCGUAUCAGAACCAAAUUUUCAUCGAAAAAAAAUCGAUGCAAUGGGACGAAAUCUUUUGACUGCUGCAUUACUCGUUCCUCUUGUUUGUAUCUUAUUUUUCAAAUACCAAGACGGGGAUUUCACAUUAAUGAUUUACGAAAAGAUCGGGAAAGAUCCCAGCGUUGCAUUGCGGGGCAAAGUAGUUUGGAUUACAGGCGCUUCCAGCGGAAUUGGUGAAUAUUUAGCAUAUGAACUGACCAAACACGGCUGUAAAUUAGUACUAUCUGCAAGGAGGAAGGAAAAGUUAGACAAGAUCAAGAAAAAGUGCGCAGGUAAGGCGAAAAAAGGAUAUAAACCUGUGCGAAGCUAGAGAAUUAGGUAAAGUUUCCGUACAGCCCCAUACUAUUGCAAAACAAAUCUGUUUUCCCAAUGGAAAUGUAUUGUUUUUGUCAUUGUUUUCUCUAUUCAAGAACUGAAUGCAUAAUGUAGUAUGGGGCUGUGCGGAAAUUUUACCGCAUGUUGUCAUUUCGCUGCCGUUGAAGCAGAUGCGAAGAAUGUUACAAGAAGCGUUGCUAAAAAAAUACCUGAUCAGAUACAUCACUGUACGCGGAACUAGCCUCUUCGCAUCUGCUUCAACGGCAGCGAAACGACAACUUGCUUGACACACGAUCAAAUAAAUGAUAAAAGAAAGAUGCCAAUUUUGACCGAAGAAACGUUUCUUGAAAUUGGGAAGUUAUUUCAGAAAAAUUUCAAAGCCGAAGUUUGAACACAUGUGCUGCGAGCUCGACUCAAUGUCCGAACUUUCGGGGUUUGUUUACAUCAAAAGUGAAAUCUAAAUCUAAAUCUACACUUGAAAUCUAAAGCCCAAAAGAUUAAUUUAAAUAAGUAUGAUUAAAAGCAUAGAUUCACUCAUGCAGUGACCUUCAUUUUAAAUCUAAAAAUAUUUGUCGCCGAUCUAGUUUUGAUUUUUCUAGUGCACGUUUUACUUCAACUUCAGAAGGAAAUGUUUAGUUUCUCAGGGACCAAAUUAAGAUUGCGUGACAGGAUACCUUGAGCCGUGACUCAAUGUGAUUCAAAGUUACUGAAGCUGUGAAGCACACAACGCAUCAGGGAACACGGGCUCAAAGCAUUUGAGCGUAGGCUCAAAUAGGCAGACAAGUCGAGUUCGGCGAGAGAUCAAGGCAGUGAGAGUGAAAGUCUUAAGGGAAUGACGUAAACAUACUUCUUCCAUUUUUCCUGUUGUGUAGCUGUUUGUUGUUGGAAGUGAUCACAGCGAUUUUCUGGAAACUAACCUUACUAUUACAGCUUAUUACGAUCAUUGCUCAUGCGAGCGUGGUAAUCGCUAGGCUCGAUUACCAGCCGUUGCCGGGUUAAAUAAGACCGCGCUCCUCCCCUCUUGGAGGGUUCGAUGGAAAACGCACAGUGCGGAGUGUAGAAAAUGAGGAGUGUGGAGAAUGCGGAGUGUGGAAAACGCGGACUGUAACAAUAUAUAAAAAACAUAAUAUGAAAGAAAAAUAUAUUGAAAUAUAUUCAUGCAUAAAGCUUUUAUAAAAGAAAAUAUUUAAAGGUACACAAGUAAUAAGGUAUAAGACCCGGCAUAACUCCUUCCAGUAAUUAUAUAACCCCUUUGCGGACCCUGAAAGAGCAAUUUAUUUCCGGCUCAAACAUUAAGCCGGAACAAUUCUAACAAUUUGAUAUAACCUUAAAUUAAAUCAUUUUCCAUACUCCUCUUUUUCUUAUUACUUGCGCAUCUUUAAAUAUUAUUCUUUAAUACAAGCUUCAUACAUGUAUAUAUUUUCAUUUCUUUUUCUUUUAUAUAUUUUUACACUCCGCAUUUUCCACACUCCUCAUUUUCUACACUCAGCACUCCGCACUCUGCUUUUUCCACUGAACCCUCUCGGAGAGGAGCAAAGACCGAAUGCUAGAGAGCGGCGGAAAUCGAGCCUAAGAAAUCGUCAGCGGCGAUUGAAACGAUACUGUAGUAAUCAGGUUUUGGGGAACUGGUACUCUCCACAUAAAAUUCUCAGUUAUGUACUAAAUUCUUAAACUUCAUCUUUUAGAUGUCAUUUCUUUAUUUCUUUCUUCUUUGUUUUGCAGACAUUGCCACUGGUCUGGAUUCGUCAUUUAAAAAAGAUCAAGAAAUUCUUGUUCUUCCUUUGGAUUUGCUGAAAUAUGACACACACGAGAACCUGACACAAGAUGUUCUCAAGCAUUUUGGGAAGGUAAAGUGAGAGUUUGAAUCAUUCUUGAACUAACACUAACAAGUCAGUUUUCGAAACUGUAGAAGGACACCAGAUUUAUUUGAAGUGGAGUGAGCGUGACGAAAACGGGGAAAUAAGAUAACAUUAGGCAACACUUUUGUGCUCUUUUGAUGAAUAAAUCGCUGUAAGUAAUUAACCCUUGAACUCCCAAGAUCUGAUUGUUAAUUCUCCCCUCUAGCUGCUUGACAUUUCCUUGUCAAUAAGUUGCAAGAAUUUGGUGUUAGAUCGAGAUAACAACCUCUAUCUGAUACAUUUGAAUACUCUCAUUACCAGUUUCCUGGAUGGUGGAUUGAAAUUGAAGGGAGAAGUUACAUGUGAAUCACUUCUGGGAGUUAAAGGGUUAAUUAAUUAAGAAUCAAUCAAACGAGAUCACCUACAAUCAUCGAAGUUCAAUGGCGCGAUCUCAUGAACAGACAACUUUGCCUUCUGAACAACAUCAAAACGUUCCUUCGAUUUUCCACAACUUUUAAACUGAGACGACGCAAGGUUGGAAAGUGGGAAUAUCACCAGAUAUUCUCCAGCUUUAGCUAUGGUAUCUGGUCGUGUGACACGAUUAGAAAACUUACAAGUCGGGGGGGGGGGGAUCAGGGCGGAGGAUUUUUGGGGGAUCACACGGUUUUAAGAGGGAACAGAGGGGGAGGGAUUAGUCGUCGCCAGCGGUGUAUAAAGGGGGACUAUAUAAAAUCGACUGCCAAAUAACUACCAAUAAGGGCGGGGGGGGGGUUGCGGGGGGUCAUACGAAUAUUACAGUCUUAAGGGGCAUCAGGUAUUUUUAUCCUGACACAACCAAAAUCUUCUAACUGUUCCAACCCCCCCUCCCCUCCCCCUCCCCCUCCCCCUCUCGCUACUGCGAUAAAUAACAAGCAAACUCAUUAAACCUGGAUGAAUGAUAAAGAAUCCUCAACAAUAGCCAUAUUUUGCAUUAGAUUGACAUUUUAGUGAACAAUGGUGGCAGGAGUCAGAGAUCUUUGGUGAAGAAUACUUCUUUGGAGGUUGACAGAGCACUCUUAGAUUUAAAUCUCAUUGGAACAAUCUCCUUGACUAAAGCAGUUCUUCCACACAUGAUUGAUCGCCAUGAUGGACAAGUUGUUAUAGUGAGCAGUAUCUUGGGAAAGUUCGGUAAGGUAAAAAGUCUCCAUUGUAAUUAUAAUUUUCUGAUAUCAAUGUAUAAAAUCUUGAUGGUAUUCUUCUUGACGGCGCAAUGCAGGUUGGGAAAAUAGCGCGAAAUAGCGAAAGGCGCGAUAGUAAUGAAGGAGUGAAAAAACCGAAGGAGGCUUGGGUCGAAUCGGGUUAAGGGUUUAUUACGCGACCCGAGCCAAACCUCUUCCACUUUUUCACUCCUCCGUCACCAUAGCGCUGUUUACUAUCGCAGGUUGUGGAACAGACUAUGACGCAAGAGAAAACUUUCGUGCGAGGAUCCGCUUUUUAUGGGAAGUGUUUUGUUUUCUGUUUGCUCGAAUCCCCUUUUACGAGAAGAUUCAAAUCUAUGGCAAUAGGGACUGAAAGUGUUUCGAUAACAUGUUGAAUCAUUAUCAUUUAGGAAAUACUGGUAGUACUGUAUGUCUUGUCAAAUAAGAUUAUGAUUUAAAGUAGCUUGCGAAACAAAAAAUCUUGAUAGAAAUCUUUGCAUACUGAAACAAGAGGUCCAAACCGCAGUCUCUGAUGAACGCUUAUUAAAGCAAAUCAAAGGAAUUUCAGUGUCGCUAUACGGAGCGCGGAGAACUUAUGAAGGAGCCUAUUUGAAGAAAUAAAUAAGAAAAAGAAAAGAGCCCCAACGGUGGGAACGGGCGAAUGACCAACAGCUGAACGGUUUAAGUUUAUCACGUUCUUGUUUGAGAUGAUGGUGCGGGGAUUUUUCACCGAUCACAACACGGAUGAUACAGUUCUAAAUUAAAUACGACACUCAAUCAAGUGGAAAUUUGUCUUUUUUUGCAGGGCACCCAUUUAUGUCUACUUAUUGUGCCAGCAAACAUGCACUACAGGUACGAAAUAACUGUAGUUUGCGCAGAAUUUAAGUUCCUUGAUCAAGACUGUUUAUACCCAUACUUUGAAAGCACUGUGCAUAGUAGACUCGCAGACAAGCCCGAAUGAAUGGGACACAAAUGUCGAGGGGAAGAAAAAGGAGUAAAAUGUUGAGCGAAAAGGGGAUUCAUCCCACAUUUCUGUGUUAGCAUGUGUACAUAAACAUGCAUAUAUCUAUUCGUUAAUUAUUCAGAGUUAUCCCGAGGUAGUGAAUAGAUCGUGACACUGAUAGCACAGCAAUUUCCGUCUAAAUUAGUUAAAAUUGACUCAAAUUUUGGCGGAUUUUGAGCGUUAUUUUUGACACAUUGCUCUUGAUUCCAAAACAUACUUAAUAAGUUUCUUUGCCAAGACGAAAUACCGCAUUAUACCAGCCACGAACUACUAUUUUAGUAGUAUUUGACAAAUGUUUUUCUGUCUAAAUAAUGUGUUAUCACUUUUGAUAUUAUUUAUUGAUGCUUUAUUAGGGCUACUUUGACAGUGCGCGUAUCGAGUUGGCAGAACACAACGUCCAUGUGCAGACUGUUCUUCCAGGACCAGUGAAGUCAGAAGUUUCUCUUCACGCUUUUACAGAGGACGUCAAAGUUGUAAGAAAAAUGAGACUUUGAUUGAAAAAGAAUUCAAUAAUCCUUGGUAUACUGUUGAGUUAAUGUGUUUCACUACAAAGGUGUGAGCUUGGCCGCGUUCAAGCGGCACGCGUGUGAAAGUCAAGUGGUUUGAUCUCUCGUGCGCGUGUAACGCGCGUCUGCGCUAAAUACCUGCUACGCAUCGUGGGACUACCUUGCUAGCCUAUGGUGCAGGAAGGUGGAAGGCGAGGCACAAUAAUCAUUGGUAAUAAGGCUGUGUGAAGUCCAAUUCGGCCUGUAAUCUUACGAUUAGUGAACAAAAUUGGAGUAAAGACACAUACAAUUUACUGAAAGCUUUCUCUUUUCCGGCAGGAAUUUAAAGAUUCUCAGGAUUUCUUGGACAUCGCUAACAAGUUGGGAAUGUCGACUGAACGCUGUGCAAGGCUAAUGGCGGUUGGAAUGGCGAACAACUUGGAUGAAACUUGGAUCUCUGAGAACCCGUUGCUAGUUAUUACUUACAUCAGCGAGUACUUUCCAAACUUUUACAGAUGGUAUGUAUUUGCCUACGGGCUUAUUCGUUACAUUUGAACCAUCAGGGGCGGGGAGGGUGGUGUCACAGCGAUCCUUAGGCCGCAUGCGCCAAAUUUUAUAAAUAUCUUGGAGCGCAAAACAAAUGAAAAUACCCGCAAACAAAGUAAAAAAAAAAUGAAAAAAAAAAAAAAAAAAAGAGGAAAAUCGUAAGAGAAUGAAAAAUUAGAAGAGAUGAUUGAAUCUGAUUUUUUGGGGAGUAGCACGAGUUUUCUGGUCCAAUCACAGAGCGUAGUGAAGCAAAACCAACGUAAUCCCAGAUUGGUUUCCACACCAAUCUCAAAAAUUUCUCUUAGCAUACAGAGAGCUUACAGCCGAUCCUUAUUUCCUCUUACCCCAAUGCAAUCCGCAGAAAUCAAUAGAACGUGACAGAAAAAGAAACCCAAUACCGCGUGAACUCUUGAAGGCAAGGCUCGGCGCUGAGAUUUUUGUCACCUAUCUCUGUUGGUACGUGUCGCAGAUUUGCGCGGAAAGACGGAGUGCUCUUUAAAAAACGAAUCCCAUUAUUCAGCUAUUCUUAUCCCUGCGCACAGCUCUGUCAAUUAAAACCCUUUUUUAAUAUCUUUUAUUUUCAGGUUCUCCAAGAACUUUUUGAUGGAGGAAAUAAAGAAAACGUGGAAAAGGAACUAGUGACAAGAGACUUUCUGGUACCCAGUUUUUUUGAUGUUAUGACGAUACGGUCCAUGCCAAAUAAAGGUGGAUUUCAGUUGAUGUACCUUUUUUUUCUUAUUAGUAAUUCUGUUUAAUUAAAUCCUCUUUCAUAAUGACCUUGAGGUUGAGAUACCAAACUUUUAAGAACAAACUUAAACAUACUGGCAUAAACUCAGAUAUCAUAAACAAAAGGUCUAUGGGGAACUUGGCGUACACAAUUCUUCGUUUAUAUGUCUUGUUUGGAAAAGAGCGGGCCCUAUUGUAAAGGUAUGGGCGAUUCCAAUGGUGCGCUUUGGGCCUAAAUUCCCGCUAUUUAAUAAUAAUAAUAAUAAUAAUAAUACUAAAAUAUUUAUAUAGCGCUCAAUCCACUAUUUGUCCAUGGGCAUGAGCUUUUUUAUUUUGUUGACUUUCUUUCUCUUUCUCGCGCUUUCGCUCGAUGUUUGGUGUUUCAUUACAAGCGGACCAUCCCACGCUUGGGUUGACAUGGAAUACAAACUACGGAAAUGUAAAGACAUAUAUUCAUCUUUGAAUAAAGAAAACUUAAUUUCGAUGCCGAUUCACUGAAAAGAAGUUUAAAUAGCUCGGACGAAUGGUGGACACAUUUUAGUCGAAACAUUUAUUAUUUUAAGCUUUGUCUUAGGCAUUCAUUUGAGUUUUAUUUAUGUUGAAAAUCUACAUGGAUGAGUCAUCAUAUAUUUUGUUAUUUCUAUAGUUGCGUCUUUACACAAUCUUAGUUUGGUGUACCUGUGGUAACACGCACAUGCAUAAUCUCGCUCUUUAAGCCUGAGUUUCCCUUGUGAAGGAGAGCAUUCGCAAUAAUGCUCUGGUGAAAACCAAAACCUUUUUCGACGUCGGACAGGGUGGUGGUGACAAAUACCUGUCUGCUCUAGGCGUUCAGCAAGUGAAACGGUGUGAAAUUCGCGCGAAAUAGUAAAAAGCGUGAUGGUCGCGGCUGAGCGAGAAAUGAGGGAGGGAGGGAGUGAGGGAGAGAGGUACGGGUUAUGUCGGGUUCAUUAUGCGAUCCGACCCAGGCCAACCUCGUGUUUUUUACUUCUUCGUUAGUAUUGCGCACUUCGUUUUACUUACUGAGUGUGAGGAACAGGCAUAAUAAACACACAUAAAAUCACUACAAUGCAAGUAAUGAGUUUCUUAGCAACUGAUAAGAUAUGAAGUAUUUUGUCUAAUACUUUGGGAUCUGCGGUGCUAACCAAAAGAUUUGCGGCUUAGGGAACGAACCUGGCGUGUUCUGGCAGAAUAGCUUGUGCAGUGGAAGAUGUAAAAGCUUUCGUGGAAGAUGGUUGAAAUGCAGUUUUCUUGUGUUUUGCCAUCAUCAGAUCAUCAGCCUAAACGUUGAUUUACGAAGACGCCUGAGAAUGCUUCUAAUUUGCGUAUUUGCAUUUUUCAUCUCCGUGUUUCGAUGUGUUCCUUAAGGCUCAUUUGAAUCCGUCCUGAACUAUAGCAUUUUAACUCAAUUUAGGUGCCAGUCAUGAUUUUUCUGCAGGGGGGAGGGGGGGUGGAGAAUUUCGGCCGUGUCACGAUAAAAUUUACUGUUCUACCCCCCUCCCUCCCCACCCAAGGGUCUGUGAUAUUAUCAUGGUCCCCCCCUAAUGGCAGUCAAUUUUCUACAGUCUCUCUCGCUACGAAAACCAUGUGAUCUCAAAAACUCCACCUCCCCCUCCCCCCAUCCCGCAUAAGCGGUAACUAAAGAUUGUUCCUUUAGAAUUAGACUCCAGUAAGAGUUUUUUUUUUUGUUCAAAAACACUGGCGAGAUAAUUUGAGGAUAAAGUUUAAAAUGGUCUUCCCUAUAUUCUGUCGGAUUGGAGGCUACCUUUUGAAAAAAAAAAAAAAAAAAAAAAAAAAAAAAAAAAAAAAGAGACUCUUGUUCCCCACCCCACCCCUGCUCCUUCGGUAACUGUGCUGUGUAAGUGUCAUCAUGUAUCGCCAACGAAACCUUUGGGAGUAAGUCGCUCGGACAGUCAACCGUCCAUUGUGCCACCGAAAUAAUGGGACGAAAAUUGUUGAUUGCCGCCUUAGUCGUUCCACUUGUUUCUUACUUAUUUUUCAAAUACCAAGACGGCGAUUUCACUUUGAUGAUUUACGAAAAGAUCGGGAAAGAUCCCAGCGUUGCACUGCAGGGCAAAGUAGUUUGGAUUACAGGCGCUUCCAGCGGGAUUGGUGAAUAUUUAGCGUAUGAAUUGGCGAAACACGGCUGUAAAUUAGUACUAUCUGCAAGGAGGAAGGAAAAGUUACACAAGAUCAAGCAAAAGUGCGCAGGUAAGGCGAAAAAAGGAUACAAACCAGUGCGAAGCUAGAGAAUUUAAUCAGGUUGGUUGUAUUGCCGAGUCAAAUUUGAAUAAGUAUGAUUAAAAGCAUCGAUUCACUCAUGCAGUGACCUUCAUUUAAAAUUUAAAAAAUUUGUCGCCGAUCUAGUUUUGAUUUUUUUGUGCACGUCUUACUACAACUUCAGAAGGAAAUGUUUAGUUUCUCAGGGACCAAAUUAAGGGCCUGUUUACAUGGAGGUGGGGGACCCCAGGUAGGUGAGGUAACUCGCCUGUCCAUACAAUUCCUUAUUUUAUUUUGGUCACGUUUACAUGAUAGGUGGGGUGACCAGCCGAGGCGGGUUGCCCGUUCUGCCAGGUAGGGUAACCCUGUCAGCCGGGGUGACAAUUUACCAUGUAAACGUGUCAAGGUGGGGUGACCCGCUUAGCCGGGGUCGAGUUCAUGGCAAAAAGCUCAAAAGCGAAAUAUGCAUGUUUUAAAACUUUGUUCAUUUCCUAGCCGUCUCAUGGCAGAAAUCGCCAGAAACCGCAACGGACAUACAAGGAGUGUAAAAUGUUCACAUUUCGGAAUAUUUAGCGUUGUAAAUCUACCAUAUUUGGUUUCCCAAACUAUUCUGUACAACGUAUUAAGUCAACGGUUCCUCGCGAAACCGAACACCGCGUAACACAACGCGUGACGCUUUCAUGAAUAAAUACAUAUGUGUCCGAGAAUUAAUCUUCGCCUCUGCUCAAACUCCUUAAUUGCAAGCGCAACAACAACCUCAAGAAACCUCACCCCAGCACCCUGGGGUUGUAAGAUUGCAUGUAAACGCGUUUCAUUUUUCGAACACGGCUAGGUAGGUUACCUCACCUACCUGGGGUCCCCCCACCUCUAUGUAAACAGUCCCUAAGACUGCGUGACAAGAUACCUUGAGCCGUGACUCAAUGUUAUGCAAAGUUACUGAAGCUGUGAAGCAUACAACGUAUCAGGGAGCACGCAUAGGCUCAAAUAGGCAGACAAGUCAGGUUCGGCGAGAGAUCAAGGCAGUGAGAGUGAAAGUCUUAAGGGAAUGACUCAAACAUGCCUCUUCCAUUUUUCCUGAUGUGUUGCUGUUUGUUUUUGGAAGUGAUCACAGCGAUUUUCUGGAAACUAACCUUACUAUUACAGCUUAUUACGAUCAAUGCUCAUGCGAGCGUGGUAAUCGCUAGGCUCGAUUACCAGCCGUUGCCGCGUUAAAUAAGACCGCGCUCCUCCCCUCUUGGAGGGUUCCAUGGAAAACGCACAGUGCACAGUGUAGAAAAUGAGGAGUAUGGAAAACGCGGACUGUAAAAAUAUAAAAAAAACAUAAUAUAAAAGAAAAAUAUAUUAAAAUAUAUUUAUGUAUAAAGCUUGUAUUAAAGAAAAUAUUUAAAAGUACAAAAGUUAUAAGCUAGAAGACCCAGCAUAACUCCUUCCAGUAAUUAUAUAGCCCCUUUGCGGACCCUGAAAGAGCAAUUUAUUUCCGGCUCAAACAUUAAGCCGGAACAAUUCUAACAAUUUGAUAUAACCUUAAAUUAAAUCAUUUUCCAGACUCCUCAUUUUCCAGACUCCUCUUUUUCUUAUUACUUGCGUAUCUUUAAAUAUUAUUCUUUAAUACAAGCUUCAUACAUGUAUAUAUUUUCAUAUCUUUUUCUUUUAUAUAUUUUUACACUCCUCAUUUUCCACACUCCUCAUUUUCUACACUCAGCACUCCGCGCUCUGCUUUUUCCGCUGAAUCCUCUCGGAGAGGAGCAAAGACCGAAUGCGAGAGAGAGGCGGAAAUCGAGCCUAAGAAAUCGUCAGCGGCGAUUGAAACGAUACUGUAAUCAGGGUUUGGGGAAAUGGUACUCUCCACGUAAAAUUCUCAGUUAUGUACUAGAUUCUUAAACUUCAUCUUUUAGAUGUCAUUUUAUUUCUUUCUUCUUUGUUUUGCAGACAUUGCCACUGGUCUGGAUUCGUCAUUUAAAAAAGAUCAAGAAAUUCUUGUUCUUCCUUUGGAUUUGCUGAAAUAUGACACACACGAGAACCUGACACAAGAUGUUCUCAAGCAUUUUGGGAAGGUAAAGUGAGAGUUUGAAUCAUUCUUGAACUAACACUAACAAGUCAGUUUUCGAAACUGUAGAAGGACACCAGAUUUAUUUGAAGUGGAGUGAGCGUGACGAAAACGGGGAAAUAAGAUAACAUUAGGCAACACUUUUGUGCUCUUUUGAUGAAUAAAUCGCUGUAAGUAAUUAACCCUUGAACUCCCAAGAUCUGAUUGUUAAUUCUCCCCUCUAGCUGCUUGACAUUUCCUUGUCAAUAAGUUGCAAGAAUUUGGUGUUAGAUCGAGAUAACAACUUCUAUCUGAUACAUUUGAAUACUCUCAUUACCAGUUUCCUGGAUAGUGGAUGGAAAUUGAAGGGAGAAGUUACAUGUGAAUCACUUUUGGGAGUUAAAGGGUUAAUUAAGAAUCAAUCAAACGAGAUCACUUACAAUCAUCGAAGUUCAAUGGCGCGGCCUCAUGAACAAACAACUUUGCCUUCUGAACAACAUCGAAACGUUCUAUCGAUUUUCCACAACUUUUAAACUGAGACGACGCAAGGUUGAAAAGUGGGAAUAUCACCAGAUAUUCUCCAGCUUUAGCUAUGGUAUCUGGUCGUGUGACACGAUUAGAAAACUUACAAGUGGGGGGGGGUGGGGAUCGGGGCGGAGGAUUUUUGGGGGGAUCACACGGUUUUAAGAGGGAAUAGAUGGGGGGGGGAUCAGUCGUCGCCAGCGGUGUAUAAAGGGGGACUAUAUAAAAUUGACUGCCAAAUAACUACCAACAAGGGGGGGGGGGGGGGGUGUGGGGGCAUCAGAUAUUUUAAUCCUGACACAACCAAAAUCUUCUAACUGUUCCAACCCCCUCCCCCUCUCGCUACUGCGAUAAAUAACAAGCGAACUCAUUAAACCUGGAUAAAUGAUAAAGAAUCCUCAACAAUAGCCAUAUUUUACAUUAGAUUGACAUUUUAGUGAACAAUGGCGGCAGGAGUCAAAAUUCUUUGGUGAAGAAUACUCCUUUGGAGGUUGACAGAGCACUCUUAGAUUUAAAUCUCAUUGGAACAAUCUCCUUGACUAAAGCAGUCCUUCCACACAUGAUUGAUCGCCAUAAUGGACAAGUUGUUAUAGUGAGCAGUAUCUUGGGAAAGUUCGGUAAGGUAAAAAGUCUCCAUUGUAAUUAUAAUUUUCUGAUAUCAAUGUAUAAAAUCUUGAUGGUAUUCUUCUUGACGGCGCAAUGCAGGUUGGGAAAAUAGCGCUAAAUAGCGAAAGGCGCGAUAGUAAUGAAGGAGUGAGAAAACCGAAGGAGGCUUGGGUCGAAUCGGGUUAAGGGUUUAUUACGCGACCCGACCCAAACCUCUUCCGCUUUUUCACUCCUCCGCCACCAUAGCGCUGUUUACUAUCGCAGGUUGUGGAACAGACCAUGACGCAAGAGAAAACUUUCGUGCGAGGAUCCGCUUUUUAUGGGAAGUGUUUUGUUUUCUGUUUGCUCGAAUCCCCUUUUACGAGAAGAUUCAAAUCUAUGGCAAUAGGGACUGAAAGUGUUUCGAUAACAUGUUGAAUCAUUAUCAUUUAGGAAAUACUGGUAGUACUGUAUGUCUUGUCAAAUAAGAUUAUGAUUUAAAGUAGCUUGCGAAACAACAAAUCUUGAUAGAAAUCUUUGCACACUGAAAUAAGAGGUCCAAACCGCAGUCUUUGAUGAACGCUUAUUAAAGCAAAUCAAAGGAAUUUCAGUGUCGCUAUACGGAGCGCAGAGAACUUAUGAAGGAGCCUAUCUGAAGAAAAAAAUUAGAAAGAGAAAAGAGCCCCAACGGUGAGAACGGGCGAAUGACCAACAGUUGAACGGUUUAAGUUUAUCACGUUCUUGUUUGAGAGGAUGGUGCGGGGAUUUUUCACCGAUCACAACGCGAAUGACACAGUUCUUAAUUAAAUAUGACACUCAAUCAGGUGGAAAUUUGUCUUUUUUUGCAGGGCACCCAUUUGUGUCUACUUAUUGUGCCAGCAAACAUGCACUACAGGUACGAAAUAACUGUAGUUUGCGCAGAAUUUAAGUUCCUUGAUCAAGACUGUUUAUACCCAUACUUUGAAAGCACUGUGCACAGUAGACUCGCAGAUAAGCCCGAAUGAAUGGGACACAAAUGUCGAGGGGAAGAAAAAGGAAUAAAAUGUUGAGCGAAAAGGGAAUUCAUCCCACAUUUCUGUGUUAGCAUGUGUACAUAAACAGGCAUAUACCUAUUCAUUGAUUAUUCAAUGUAGUAUAGUUAUCCCGAGGUAGUGAAUAGAUCGUGGCACUAAUAGCACAGCAAUUUCCGUCUAAAUUAGUUAAAAUUGACUCAAAUUUUGGCGGAUUUUGAGCGUUAUUUUCGGCACAUUGCUUUUGAUUCCAAAACAUACUUCAAGUUUCUUUGCCAAGACGAAAUACCGCAUCAUACCAGCCACGAAAUACUAUUUUAGUAGUAUUUGACAAAUGUUUUUCUGCCUAAAUAAUGUGUUAUCAGUUUUGAUAUUAAUUAUUGAUACUUUAUUAGGGCUACUUUGACAGUGCGCGUAUCGAGUUGGCAGAACACAACGUCCAUGUGCAGACUGUUCUUCCAGGACCAGUGAAGUCAGAAGUUUCUCUUCACGCUUUUACAGAGGACGUCAAAGUUGUAAGAAAAUGAGACUUUAAUUGAAAAAGAAUUCAAUAAUCCUUGGUAUACUGUUGAGUUAAUGUGUUUCACUACAAAGGAGUGAGUUUGUCCGCGUUCAAGCGGCACGCGUGUGAAAGUCAAGUGGUUUGAUCUCUCGUGCGCGUGUAACGCGCGUCUGCGCUAAAUACCUGCUACGCAUCGUGGGACUACCUUGCUAGCCUAUGGUGCAAGAAGGUGGAAGGCGAGGCACAAUAAUCAUUGGUAAUAAGACUGUGUGAAGUCCAAUUCGGCCUGUAAUCUUACGAUUAGUGAACAAAAUUGGAGUAAAGACACAUACAAUUUACUGAAAGCUUUCUCUUUUCCGGCAGGAAUUUAAAGAUUCUCAGGAUUUCUUGGACAUCGCUAACAAGUUGGGAAUGUCGACUGAACGCUGUGCAAGGCUAAUGGCGGUUGGAAUGGCGAACAACUUGGAUGAAACUUGGAUCUCUGAGAACCCGUCGCUAGUUAUUACUUACAUCAGCGAGUACUUUCCAAACUUUUACAGAUGGUAUGUAUUUGCCUACGGGCUUAUUCGUUACAUUUGAACCAUCAGGGGCGGGGAGGGUGGUGUCACAGCGAUCCUUAGGCCGCAUGCGCAAAAUUUUAUAAAUAUCUUGGAGCGCAAAACAAAUGAAAAUACACGCAAACAAAGUAAAAGAAAAAUGAAAAAAAAAAAAGAAAAAAAAAAGAGGAAAAUCGUAAGAGAAUGAAAAAUUGGAAGAGAUGAUUGAAUCUGAUUUUUUGGGGAGUGGCACGAGUUUUCUGGUCCAAUCACAGAGCGUAGUGAAGCAAAACCAACGUAAUCCCAGAUUGGUUUCCACACCAAUCUCAAAAAUUUCUCUUAACAUACAGAGAGCUUACAGCCGAUCCUUAUUUCCUCUUACCCCAAUGCAAUCCGCAGAAAUCAAUAGAACGUGACAGAAAAAGAAACCCAAUACCGCGUGAACUCUUGAAGGCAAGGCUCGGCGCUAAGAUUUUUGUCACCUAUCUCUGUUGAUACGUGUCGCAGAUUUGCGCGGAAAGACGGAGUGCUCUUUAAAAAACGAAUCCCAUUAUUCAGCUAUUCUUAUCCCUGCGCACAGCUCUGUCAAUUAAAACCCUUUUUUAAUAUCUUUUAUUUUCAGGUUCUCCAAGAACUUUUUGAUGGAGGAAAUAAAGAAAACGUGGAAAAGGAACUAGUGACAAGAGACUUUCUAGUACCCAGUUUUUUUGAUGUUAUGACGAUACGGUCCACGCCAAAUAACGGUGGAUUUCAGUUGUCUGAUGUACCUUUUGUUUCUUAUUACUUAUUCUGUUUAAUUAAAUCCUCUUUCAUAAUGACCUUGAGGUUGAGAUACCAAACUUUUAAGAACAAACUUAAACAUACUGGCAUAAACUCAGAUAUCAUAAACAAAAGGUCUAUGGGGAACUUGGCGUGCACAAUUCUUCGUUUAUAUGUCUUGUUUGGAAAAGAGCGGGCCCGAUCGUGAAGGUAUGGGCGAUUCCAAUGGUGCGCUUUGGGCCUACAUUCCCGCUAUUUUCACCUCAUAAGCCGGCCCUGCGAGCUUUUUUAUUUUGGUGACUUUCUUUCUCUUUCUCGCGCUUGCGCUCGAUGUUUGAUGUUUCACCACAAACGGACCACCCCAUGCUUGGGUUGACAUGGAAUACAAACUUCGGAAAUGUAAAGACGUGUAUUCAUCUUUGAAUGAAGAAAACUUAAUUUCGAUGCCGAUUCACUGAAAAGAAGUUUAAAUAGCUCGGACAAAUGGUGGACACAUUUUAGUCGAAACAUUUAUUAUUUAAAGCUUAGUCUUUAGCAUCAAUUUGAGUUUUAUUCAUAUUGCAAAACUACAUGGAUGAGUCAUCAUAUAUUUCGUUAUUUCUAUAGUUGCGUCUUAACACAAUCUUAGUUUGGUGUGCUUGCGGUAACACGCAUACGCAUGAUCUCGCUCUUUAAGCCUGAGUUUCCCUUGCUAAGAGGAGCAUUCACAAUAAUGCUCUGGUGAAAACCAAAACCUUUUUCGACGUCGCACAGGGUGGUGGCAACAAACACCAGUCUGUUGCAGGCGUUCAGCGAGUAAAACGGUGUGAAAUCCGCGCGAAAUAGUAAAAAGCGUGAUGGUCGCGGCUGAGCGAGAAACAAGGGUGGGAGGGAGGUACGGGUUGUGUCGUGUUCAUUAUGCGAUCCGACCCAGGCCAACCUCGUGUUUAUUUACUCCUUCGCUAGUAUUGCGCACUUUGUUUUACUUACUGAGUGUGAGGAACAGGCAUAAUAAACACAUACAAUGCAAGUAAUGAGUUACUUAGCAACUGAUAAGAUAUAAAGUAUUUUGUCUAAUACUUCGGGAUCUGCGGUGCUAACCAAAAGUUUGCGGCUCAGGGAACGAACCUGGCGUGUUCUGGCAGAAUAGCUUGUGCAGUGGACGAUGUAAAAGCUUUCGUGGAAGAUGGUUGAAAUACAGUUUUCUUGUGUUUUGCCAUCAUCAGAUCAUCAGCCUAAAUGUUGAUUUACGAAGACGCCUGAGAUUGCUUCUAAUUUGCGUAUUUGAAUUUUUCAUCUCCGUGUUUCGAUGUGUUCCUUAAGGUUUAUUUGAAUCCGUCCUGAACUAUAGCAUUUUAACUCAAUUUAGGUGCCAGUCAUGAUUUUUCUGCAGGGGGGAGGGGGGUGGAGAAUUUCGGAUGUGUCACGAUAAAAUCUACUGUUUUACCCCCCUCCCUCCCCACCCAAGACUCUGUGAUAUUAUCAUGGUCCCCCCCACAAUGGCAGUCAAAUUUCUAUAGUCUCCCUCGCUACGAAAACCAUGUGAUCCCAAAAAUUCCCCCUCCCCCUCCCCCUCCCCCUCCCCCAUCCCGCCCAAGCGGUAAGUAAAGAUUGAUCCCUUGGAAUUAGACUGCAGUAAGAGUGAUUUUUUUUUCUCGAGGACACUGGCGAGAUGACUUGAGGAUAAAGUUUAAAAUCGUCUUCUCCAUAUUCUGUCGGAUCGGAGGCUAACUUUUGAAAAGAGACUCUUAUUCCCCACCCCACCCCUGCUCCUUUGGUAAUUGUUCUGUGUAAGUGUCAUCAUGUAUCGCCAACGAAACCUUUGGGAGUAAGUCGCUCGGACAGUCAACCGUCCAUUGUGCCACCGAAACAAUGGGACGCAAAUUGUUGAUUGCUGCCUUAGUCGUUCCAUUUGUAUGUUACUUAUUUUUCAAAUACCAAGAUGGCGAUUUUACUUUGAUGAUAUACGAAAAGAUCAGUCGAGAUCCCGGCAUCGCACUUCGUGGAAAAGUAGUUUGGAUCACAGGGGCUUCUAGCGGGAUUGGUGAAUAUUUAGCCUAUGAACUGGCCAAAUACGGCUGUAAACUGGUCCUGUCAGCACGGAGAAAGGCAGAGUUAGAGCGAGUCAAAGAAAAGUGUGCAGGUAAGGCGGAAAAAGUUGAAAAAAUUAUGCUGUGCUCAUCAAAUUUGGUUGACUCGACGCUUAAAAUUUGAAUGAGCUACGGUGCAUAAUUAUAUAACCAAUUGAUAGCAUUAGUUAUAAGUCGAUUCUUGUAGCAGUAAGUCACCCUUAUUUACGGAUUCUUUCAAUUUAUUGAGGGAUUUAAUUUUUUCUUCUAGUUACUAUGAAAUUUAGAAAUCUGCUUGUUUUCCUUUCGAGGACUUUGUACUUGCAAUUAAAAUGUGAAGCAAGAUUGCGUGACAGCAUUCGUGGCAGUGAGCCGUAACGCCGCCCGCCAUGGAGCACAUGAGAUUCGCAUGGCCACCAGAAAUGUUUUCUUGCAGGCAGUUUUAAAAAUACUUCGCGUUCCUCGAAAAAAAACGUUGUUAGCGGCUAGGCCAUGAAUAACGAUAAUCGGUCUACUCCCAGACAUAAUUAGUUUGGACACUUCUUCCAGAGAAAAUUAUUUGUUGUUCCUUUUAACCCUCUCCUCCCUCCAGUGUAUUAAUUACCAAUGUGUUUACGUCACCUUGCAGACCAGUAUUGAAAUGGCCGGGAGGGGGGGCGGGGGCGGUGACCAAACAAAUGUGUUUGGGAGUGGAGAGGGUUGAUCCUAUUAAGACCUCAGUAUAGGUUAAUGAUUUUUGGUUCAUUUAAUGGAGUGAUCUUAGAGGAAAGAGGAAAGUUUUUAAGUCCUCUUUGCAAAACAUUUCUGAGCCAGGAUCCAGUUUCUUGCUUUUGUCACUAUCAAUUUUCUUCCAUGAUUUUUCAGCCAUUGCCAAUGGUCUUGAUUCCUCGUUUAAAAAAGAUCAAGAUAUUCUUGUACUUCCAUUGGAUUUGACAGAAUUUGACACACAUGAAAAACUUACUCAAGAAGUCCUCAAGCAUUUUGGGAAGGUAAAGCGAGAGUUGAAUUGUGUAUAAGAAUAAAAAUUAUUAAUCUACUUCUGCAGAGUUGAAUAAGAGGCAUAUCUCAAGACGAGGGCGUAUUUAAAGAUAGAAAAAAAAAACAUAUGCAAUGCUUCAAUUUUAAUUUCUUGCCCUCACUUCCCUAACUAAGGAUGGAGCAAUUAGUUGACUACACUUUUUACUAAUAACCAGAAAUUUAUUAAACGAGAGUUUCACGCUUUUUACGUCUUCUAUUACUCUGUUCGCAUGAUCUACAUAGACUGUCAGCAGGCCCUCAUAAUCAGCACUUUGGCAAGCGUGUUUCUUCGCUCACGGGAAAGAAUGAGACUUCAUUAUUUGUGCCGGACACCGGAUAACUUCUUCUCGAUUCGCCUCAAAUCUUCCCGUGGGCGGAGAGACGCGCACCAUGCAAUGCAGUUCUUCUCUCAGGCCACGAUUCUCUGGACAUUAUUCGCAUUCAGUUGUAACUUUGAUUAUGCCUUGAGGAGCCCAAUGCUGGUGUGAAAUUGAAAUAGGCAGCUAUUUUGCCACCCUGCGAGAACUUCGGCGUCUUGCGUUUUAGAAUUGAUAAUUUUCAGCAUGACAGCAUUACAGGUUUAAAAUUGGUAACGAUCUAUUUUUAGAGGGUAGUCAUCGAUUUCUCAAUAGACGUAAGGCAUACUCACAAACUUAACAAAAAUGAAAAUUGGACCAAAAGUUUUCUCUACUCUUUGUCUUUAUUUUCAUUUAGGUUGAUAUUUUAGUAAACAAUGGUGCCCGAUCGCAAAGAUCUUUGGUGAAGAAAACUCCUUUAGAAGUGGACAAAGCUCUCUUAGAUUCAAAUCUUAUUGGUACGAUCUCCCUGACCAAAGCAGUUCUUCCACACAUGAUAGCACGCCAUUACGGACAAAUUGUAAUAGUCAGCAGUGUUCUUGGAAAGUUUGGUAACGCUGAUAUUUUUUAUCGUAAUUUUACCUCAAGUUAUUUCCAUUACAGGACGAAUUGAAACGAAAAAUUAAUAGAUUUUAUCAAAUCCAUAUUGGAAGUGACUACUUCUAAGAAUUGAUACAAUACUUAAUCGUUCACGUGUGUUUUCUCUCUUGAUACAUGAUAUCUAAGCCGCGGUAAGUACUUUCUUCUAUGCCUUCUUUUUUUGUAACCUAGAAGAUUAUUAAUGAGUUUGCGAAUAAGGCUGCUCAAGGCGUUAUUGAGUUUUGUGUGACGUCACGUUUGUUUGUUUGAGCUUAAGAAUCACGUGCGUACAAACUAGAACUUUGGAAUCGCCACUGCGGAAGUUGUUGUUGAGGAUCGGUCGUCUUUCGGGGACGAGAGAUCUUUAUUCGUUGUUCUCACCCUUAUUAAUUACAGUCCUGUAAAACUUUGACUUGUAAAUCGUUAAUAUUUGGAACCAACAAUUACUCUGGUGGUUAUGGAGAUGCGCAUGCUCUGAUUGACCCUGAUUCAUAUGUGACUGCUUUUUUACCUACAUGACUGAUUUUUUACAGGAUGGCCUUAUGGAGCUACAUAUUGUGCCAGUAAACAUGCGUUGCAGGUAUGAAGCAACUUUUCUUUGAGCAGUGCAUAGACCCUUAACUGUAUCAGGACUGUUAUCUUUGCGUAGGUUGUCUGUCCACGCCGCGUGGAACUCUGGGAGUGAGGCGCGGCGCGCUAAAAUUAUUUUUUCGUUUUCGCCAAUUUUUCUACUAAGACGACGGACUCUCCACGGCUUAAGUAAGGACUGCCCGUAGUCUACGUAAUGGAUUUUAAGGAGCCUUAAUACCUCUUCACACUUUCCUUCUGCGCCGUUUUCCUUAUUACCUUACCUAUAGAAAUCCAAUAGUCUUAAGGAAGAACCCAUUUGGUUGGCUCUGUGUGCUCGUAUUUUAAAAACGGGCUCGAUUAUUCGCUUUUUCCAGUCAUCGAAUUACAAUAACCGUUACACGAAUAGUCUUUUUUGUAAAGUUUUUAUAUUAUCUGUAUUGAAAGUUCAGAGCCGUCUUAAAUUAUACCAAAAUUAAGUUCUCUCUGAACUCCAAGUACAGAAGUUUUAAAAACUUUGCACAAAGAACGAUAAAACUAGAGGUAGUUGCACCCUAUGAAACCAUUCAGCUUUUUUUUAAUUUCAAGCUCAUCAAGUUACGAUUGUUUUCCUUUGAGGGACAUCACAUGUACUGUUAGUUUUUUGCUUGAUCCAAGUUUGUAGGGGCUUAUCGAUGAUAAAUGAAUAAUUCUCUAUUAGGGCUACUUUGACAGCGCGCGGAUCGAGUUGACAGAACACAACAUCCGUGUGCAGACUGUUCUUCCGGGGCCAGUGAAAUCAAACAUUGGUCGUCAUGCUUUCACAGAGGACGUCAAAGUUGUAAGAAAACAAAGCUUUGAUUUACAACUAAUUCAAUAAAUGUGUAUAUUUUAAAUCACAUUUAGAAAACAAUAACAACAAAUGAUGCAAUUGAGCAACUUCUCUUUCUUGAGAAAAGAGACAACUGAUCAGGGAAGACUAUGAAAUUAACUAAAAGUGUAAAUUAUUGCCUUAAAAUCGCGUUAGAUCCAAACACCGAGCAAUACAGAACAAACUGGCUAUAAUCAGUAGAAGUGACGGGCCUGUAAAACAAUUAUGGGGGCUGAGAGAAGGACUGACCUUCAUUCUCCUAGGGAAAAAAAAAUUCAUUUUGAAGAUUUUUGCUAAUUCAGUGAAAAGGGUUUUUUGAAGUAAUCUUGCAUGGACAAAGUUUGCACAACCCGGGAAAUUAACCAUGUACGAGAAGCCUAUGUUCUAGACGCUGGCUUUCUCAGUCCUUCCCUUGCAACAUUUCAUAAUCUUUCCAAUUGUCUGAAGAAUAUAUGCUGUUCAAUUGAUCGAAUCUCGGUUUGAUUUUUUCUUGCCUCACUCAUUCACAAAUUUAAUUUACGGGUACUGAUGAGUUUUCUAUGACUUGCAGGAAUUUAAAAACACGCCGAACUACCGAGAGUACGAGGGAAAAAUGCCGACUGAACGCUGUGCAAAGCUGAUGGUUGUGGGAAUGGCGAACAACUUGGACGAAUUAUGGAUUUCAAAUAACCCAAUGCUACUUAUGACUUACGCCAACCAGUAUUUUCCAACCGUCUUUAAAUGGUAUGAGUUUUCUGUGCGGACUUAUCUUUUUUUA